AUGAGGAAAGAAGUUUGCACCAUUGCCUUUGCCAGAGCUGUCUUCUCUGAGUUCUUAGGCACCUUGAUUUUCAUCUUCUUCGGUUUAGGCUCGGCCCUGAAAUGGCCCUCUGCCUUGCCAAGCAUCCUCCAGAUCUCCCUGGCUUUCGGCUUGGCCGUCGCCACUAUGGUGCAGACAUUUGGUCACAUCAGCGGCGCCCAUUUCAACCCAGCAGUGACCAUCUCCUUCUUUGUCGGGAACCAGAUCUCUUUUCUCCGGUCCCUCUUCUACAUUGUGGCCCAGUUGGUAGGAGCCAUUGCUGGUGCAGGCAUCCUUUAUGGAGUGACUCCAACUAAUGCCCGUGGCAACUUAGCAAUCAAUGCGCUCAGCAACAACACCACUGCAGGCCAGGCAGUGGUGGUGGAGAUGAUCCUCACCUUCCAGCUUGUGAUGUGCAUUUUUGCCUCAACCGACAGCCGCCGAAACGACAACGUGGGCUCCCCCUCUCUGUCCAUUGGGUUCUCGGUCGCCCUGGGUCCCCUGGUUGGAAUCUAUUUCACUGGCUGCUCUAUGAAUCCGGCUAGGUCUUUUGGGCCUGCUGUUAUCACAAAUAGAUUCACCGCUGCUCAUUGGGUCUUCUGGAUAGGACCCAUCUGUGGAGGCAUCCUGGCUUCACUGCUGUACCACUACUUUCUGAUGCCCCACUCAAUGAAUAUGUCUGAGAGAGUAGCAAUUUUAAAAGGCACCUAUGAGUCAGAAGAAGUGUGGGAAGAGAAACAGAAGAGCAUGGAAAUGUCCCCCUCCCCAUAA